AUGGUUGCAGAAUGUUUCGGGAUCAAUCGAUAUAUUAUUAUGAUUCUUGGAUUACUUGUGCUCUCGCUGAAUUAUUCAUGGUGAGGUUUUUGUGUUUUUUUCUGGAAAUGAUAUUUCAAUAAGACUAAACUUUUUAAAAAGAAGAGUUGUGUAAAAUCAGAUCUAAAUUUUUGGUAAAAGUUCUUCCCAUACCGCUUCCAUAGAACUUUUCUUGAAAUAGUUUAUGAAUUUUGUUUAGCACUUUAGAGCAUCUUUUGAAUGUUAUUAUUCCAAAAGUGUAAAUACCAGGAAAAUUUCUUUUUCUCACUCUCUAAAAAAUCUUUGUUCCGCUGAAAAUAUGUAUUAUCAAAACCACCUUGAAGAAAUUAGUGUUUCCGAAUCUUGACCUAUGGUGUAUGUAUGAUCGAAAACUUUUCCAGUUUUCCCAUUUUUUUUACCCAAAUCAAAGUGAAAGUUUUUGGAAAAAGACUUAUUACAUCAAAAAAUGAAAAAAGAAAUGUUUCUAGUUUCCAUUGUCACGGAAAAUAAUCUUUAAAAAUAGAUAGAUUUAGAAAAGAAAUAAAGAAUUUUGCAGUUUCAUAGCCUAUAAUGCAACAUUUGUUUCAAUGGUUUCAUCAAAAGAAGUCAAUAAUUCAAAUUCGCCAUUGUCCUCGUAUCGCUUCAAUUUCACGCCAUUUCAAAAGGGUGUUGGGUUUGCUGCUCCAUUUAUUGGUGCAAUGAUUGCGGUUUUGAUAAAAGGACAUUUGCUCAAACUUUUUGGAGAGCAUUUGGUUCGUUUAAACGAAUUCCCAAAGAUCGAUCUUACACUCUCGCGAAAAUCCAAUGAUCAAUGAUCUAAAUAUAAUAUUUUUCAAGAAAAUUACUUUUUUUUUUCAGAUUCUUUCGAUAACAAGUAUUCUGGCAACAUUUCUAGUUUUCCUAACACCAUUUUCUCUAUCUUGGUCUUUUGUAUCUUUUGCAAUUCUUCGAUUUAUUCAAGGUUUCACAUGUUCGAAUCUUUUAACAAUUGCUGGAAUGAUUGUCAAUUCCUGGGCAACAUUAAAAGAACGUGGAUUAUUUAUCGCAGUUUUAUCAUCACAUACUGAAUUGGGAGCAUUGUUAACAAUGGGUUCAUCUGGAUUAAUAUCUUCGAAUUUUGGUUGGCCAACUGUAUUUUAUAUUCAUACAGUUGUAUUAGGAGUUUUGACAUUUCUUUGGAUAUUUUAUUAUCGAAACAAACCGGAAAAUCAUCCAAUUGUUGGAGUUAAUGAAUUAGAAACAAUUACAAAAGGAAAGAAACACAUUACAAUUACAAAUGACUGCAAAGUAACAAAUACUCUAGUUUUUUAAUGUAGGACGAUUUUGUAAACAUAAUUUUCAGAUUCCUGUUGCUCGAAUUUUCGGCUCUUUUGUAUUUUGGGGUUUAGUUUUAUCAAUCGUCAGUUAUUAUUUGGUUUUCCAAUUCACAAUUUCGUUUGCAUCAAUUUAUUUGAAAAAUAUUCUUGGAGUUUCGCCAUCUUCUGCAGGUUUUAUCACUUUGAUUCCAUUACUCAUUGCGGUAAUCUUAAAACUCUCAAUAGUUUGAAAACUUCUGAAAUCUUGCAGCUUAUCAUCAAAUUUGUAUCAGGAUAUAUUUCGGAUCGUCUGAAAAUCAAUGAACUUUUGAAAAUCAAACUUUUCAACACUGUUGGUCUAAUGGGUCCCGCUAUUUUCUUCAUCAUUUUAUCGAUUAACAAACCUGGAACAUCUAAAAUUCUCGAUAUUGUUUUAGUUUGUAAGUUCUCAUUUUUUCAAAAUUAAAAAAAAACUGAAUUCACAGGUUUACCAAUCGCAUUUCUUGGUUUUUCAUCUGGCGGAUUUCCAAAAUGCGCAGUUCUAAUUGCUGGAAAAUUUACACCAUUUUUGAUGACAGUUUUUCAAUUUGCCGUUGGUUUGACUUGUUUGGGAACAUCAUUUCUGGUCCCAAAAAUAACAGCAAAUGACACAUUCACAGAAUGGAGUACUGUAUUCGCGUUUUACGGUCUCAUUUUAUCAUUUUCCAAUACAAUUUUUGUGAUUUCUGCACAAUCUGAACCUGCUGGAUGGGCUAUUUCUCCGAUCAUUGAACCAAUCAAAAAUAAACAGGAAGCUUAA